AUGUGUACGUACGAGGAAGAAACGCUUCUCACUAUUCGUUCGGUGUGGGAGAUGUCUGGGCAGAGUAAGACUCCUGUUAAUCUCACCAACAUGUUUUCGUGGCUUGUGCAGACAUUCAUGUGGCGAAUCAUUUUCGGUACUAGAAUUUCUUUUCACGGUGACACUCGUCUGGAUGGUCAUGGCGAAGAGAUAAAGAAGAUUGCAACAGAGCUGGCAGCUUCAGUAGGAGCUGUUAAUAUCGGGGACUUUAUUCCUUGCUUAGACUGGCUGGACUUGCAAGGAGUGAAGAGGCGCAUGAAAAAGGCACACAAAUCUAUCGACCAAGUUAUAAGCAAGCUAAUAGAGGAGCACCAGCGGCGCAAGAGGAAAUUACAAAAGCAGAAUGAUGAGCAGCAGCUUGCUAGUAAGGACAUCAUUGACGUGCUCUUGGAAAUGAAGAGCUUCGACGGAAUGGAAAUCACAGAGUAA